AUGGCUCAAUUCGACCCUAACCUUCAUCUCCGCUCGCUCGAGGAGCUGCGCGCUGGUAUGUUGCCCGAUCUCACGACAAGCUCGUCCCGCUUCGCCCCCCCCUCCCCCACUGACACGACCACAGUUAUCCUCCCUCGUCAGAACGGCUGCCUCAAGUGCGAGGACAAGGCACCGACAUGCCCGACCAACUGCAAAUCCGACGAGUUCUGCUCAUUCACCAUCCCGACAUGUAAUACCUGUGCCCAGGCCUUCUGCGCCAAGGACGAUAGCUCUUCGUCGUCUUCGUCCGACAAUCAGCCCAAUACAGGCGCCAUCGUCGGAGGUGUCAUUGGCGGUCUCGUCGUCAUCGCGAUCGCCACCUACCUCGUGUGGAGGUUCUUCAUUAAGACCAAGAGGCAGUCCAUUAUUCAGGAAUCCUACAUGGAAGAGACCAGCGAGAAGACCAUCAACGAGAAGACGACCGGCCAACCGCGACAGAGCAACCGUGACUCGACACAUACCGUGCACUCGAUUGCGUCCACGGUGCUCACCCGAGCUUCCAACAUAAUCCAGAUCGCCUACAUCCCCGGUGUCACGAACCGCGCCACGCCCACGUCACCGACCCUCCUCGUCCCCCCCGUACCCCCCAUCCCGAUGCACGCCUCCAACUCCGCCGCCAACAGCCCGUCCCCGUACGAGGAGCAGCAUUUCUUCGUUCCCGGCGAGCUUCGCGAUUCCACCUACUCCGGCAUCUCCGGCUAUACCGACCGCUCGUCCGUUGCCAGAACCUCGUACGCCGCUCGCUCCAGUAUUGCACCUAGUAUCGCUUCGACCAUCUACGGCAAGAACGCCGUCGUCGUUGCACCUGCCCAGACCGGCAUGCGUGCCAAGGCUGCCGUAGUGAGCGUCAAGUCUUUGACUGUCGGUACCAGCGGUACCGUGACCCCUCCCGUCCCCAGCGUCGACUACCAGAAGUAUGCCCCAGGCACUCCCAAGAGCCGUGACAGCACCUUCAGCGUGGGAUCCACUUUCCUCAACAACGCCAUUACUGCCACCGCAGCCCCUGCCCAAAGAGCGCAGGUUGUUCGUGUCGGCAACGGCAACGGGCCCAAGCAGGUCAGCGUUGGGUCCUUCAAGCCUUCAUCAACAGCAGAGGUGGCCUCUGUACCCGGGACACCGUCAUCCAGUGCACCUACCGCCACUCUUGUUGACUCCGCCGCCUCCACUGUCGGCAAAGAUUCAGUCGUCGAUCAGGGUCCCUUCUCUGAUCCUUCUGAGUCUAGUUCCGUAUCCACCCGCAACAACCAAAGCUUGAGUGCGGUCAUCGAGGAGGCCACACGGCGAGCCGCAGCGGGACCCGAUAGACGGUCACAAAGAACGAGCUCCUACGAACGGGACUGCAGUCCCUUUGGCGAUGAACACGCCACCAGGGACUAA